AUGGCCGACCCCUUCGCUCCCAAGACGAUGAAGAGGAAGAACAAGAAGGGACUCGCACUGAGCGCUCCCCCACCAAAGCCAACACCUUCAGAGAGCGACGCACAGGCUCCAGGCGGCCUUGGCAACGCCAAAGAAGAGACACUCGAGAUCGGCGUUGAGUUCCAAUUGGACCUGAAAGCGGAGGACUUGAUUGUUCUGCGAGAACUAGGUUCAGGAAACGGAGGCACAGUCAGCAAGGUUCAGCACGCAGCUACCAAGGUCAUCAUGGCGAGGAAGGUCAUACACGUCGAAGCAAAGAAUGAAGUCCGGAAACGCAUCGUGCGGGAGUUGCGCAUCAUGCACGACUGCAACUCGGACUACAUUGUCGAUUUUUACGGCGCCUUCCAGAACGACUCUGGGGACGUCAUCAUGUGCAUGGAGUACAUGGAUGUGGGAGCUUUGGACUGGGUAUCACGCCAGUUCGGCCCCGUCCGUGUCGAUGUCCUUGGAAAGAUCGCAGAAGCCGUACUAGGUGGACUCAGCUACCUCUACAGCGCUCACCGCAUCAUGCAUCGCGACUUGAAGCCAUCGAACAUUCUAGUAAAUUCGAAGGGACAGAUCAAGCUCUGCGAUUUCGGUGUCUCGAGCGAGCUUGACGGAUCUAUCGCCGAAACUUUUGUAGGAACAGGCACAUACAUGGCACCUGAGCGAAUUCAGGGUUCACCCUACACCGUAAAGUCGGACGUAUGGAGUGUUGGCCUCUCAAUCAUGGAGCUUGCCAUUGGCAAAUUCCCCUUCUCCGGAAGUGCAGAUGAUGAUGAGGCCGGUGGUCCACAGGGUAUCCUCGAUCUCCUACAGCAAAUCGUACUGGAGCCGGCACCAAAGCUACCCAAGAGCGACGCUUUCCCCUCCAUUCUCGAAGACAUGGUCGCCAAGUGCUUGUUGAAGGAUCCCAAGGAACGGCCAACGCCCAAGGAACUUUAUGACCACGAUGCCUUCCUUCAGGCCGCAAAACGUACACCAGUAGACCUUGAGGCAUGGGCGACCAGCAUGCUCGAGCACAACAAGCGCAAAUCACAUCUCGCUCCCUCCGUACCCUCGAGCAAUAUUCGCGAGAAGCUGCAGAACCAGGAGCCUGUUCCAAGGAGGGGAUCUGCUGAUAUCAGACAGCAGGAGGCUUCGUCGAGGAGAGGCUCUGCUGAUGUCAGGCAACCAGACCACGCGCCCGCGCCUCCACGUCCAGCAUACCCACAACGAACAUCCAGUAGCAUCAGUCACCACAGUCAAUCGAACAGCCAAUCAAGUCAGGCUGGUCAAAUGUCACUUCCCAUGCGCCCUGCACCACCAGCGUCGAAUGGAUCAAAUUCAAGACCGCAAUCGAGAGGGCCGCCACAGAACGGCGCAUUGCCGCCUCCGAUGAGGAGAAUGUACAGCGAUGUGCAGUAG